GGCGGUGAUGCGCCAUUUUAUUGAUUUCCUUUCACCGCCAACUGAAGAAGAAGUAAGCUGAAGUGGUGGAGCAGAAGAAGAACCAGACCAUCAUACGUUCAACUCAUUUCUAAGAUGGGAGACAGUGAUGAUGAGUACGAUCGCAGGAGAAGGGACAAAUUCAGACGGGAGAGAAGUGACUACGACCGUUCGAGAGAGAGAGACGACAGGCGCAGGGAUGACUGGAACGACCGAGAGUGGGACCGGGGCAGGGAACGACGAAGCCGUGGAGAAUACCGGGAUUAUGACCGAGGUCGGAGAGAGAGAUUCACGCCGCCCAGACACGACAUGAGUCCUCAGCAGAAACGCAUGAGGAGAGACUGGGAUGACCAUGGUGGAGAUCCUUACCGUGGGGGGUACGACCUGGGCUAUGGGGGUGGAGGAGGCGGCGGAGGAGGAGGAGGUGGAGGAGGAGGAGGGGGUGGAGGGGGUCCAAGCUAUGGCCCACCGCAGCAUUGGGGCCACCCAGACCUACACCUCAUGCAGCCUCAUCACGGCAUCCCUAUCCAGGCGAGACUGGGUAACCUCCAUGACAUGGAUCUGGGUCCCCCCCCUCCCAUAAUGAAGACCUUUAAGGAGUUCCUGUUGUCUCUGGAUGAUUCUGUGGAGGAGACGGAGGCGGUCAAACGUUACAACGAGUACAAGAUCGACUUCCGCCGGCAGCAGAUGCAGGACUUCUUUUUGGCUCAUAAAGAUGAAGAGUGGUUCAGGUCCAAGUAUCAUCCGGAUGAAGCCAGUCUACUAAAAGCCGAGGCCCAGAGCGCGCUGCACAACCGAGUGAACGUCUUCAUGUUCCUGAUGGAGAACAGCUGGUUUGAUAACGUCUCCCUGGACAUCGAACAGACCCCCACCAUCAUCAAGGUUCUGGAUGCAGCUGUGAUAAAGAUGGAGGGAGGCACGGAUCAUGACCUGCGUAUCCUGGACCUGCCGGCUGAAGAGGAGGAGGAGAGGGAGAAGUCUGCCUCUGUCUCAGGUGGAGGCGAACCUCCCAAGAAAGAAGACCUCAAAACAUCGGACGGUGACCGUAAACUCUCCGUGGAGAAAGACAAAAAUGAGAAGGAGGAGAACGACUCCGCCAGCAAAGAGCGAGCAGCUGCAGCCGAAGGGGUGGAAGUGAAAGAGGAGGCAGAGAAAGAAGCAGCCAAAGAGGAAACACCUGAACCCAAGAAACCAAGAAGAAAGAGGAAGCGCAGCAGAGACAGCGACGACGAAGGCACCGCCUCGGACAGCGACUCUGACUCAGAUUCAGACUCUAACUCCAACUGCUCUGAUAAACCUGUGAAGAAGAAGGAGGAGGAGGAGGAGGAGGAGGAGAAGGCGGAGGAUAAGGAUGAGGAGGAGGAGGAAGAGGAGGAGGAGGAGGAGGGUGAAGAGGAGAAACCGGAGAAGAAGGAGAAGAAGGAGAAAAAAGAGGACGAAGACAACAAGGAGGAAAAGAAACCCAAAGACGACUCUCCGAGGCCGCGGCCGCUCCACAGAACCUGCUCUCUGUUCAUGAGGAGCAUCGCUCCCACCAUCUCCAAGGCUGAGAUCAUCGCUCUUUGCCGGCGUUACCCUGGCUUUCUGCGCGUUUGCUUGUCUGACCCUCAUCCAGAGCGCAGGUUUUUCAGACGUUGCUGGGUGACUUUUGACCGCAGCGUCAACAUCAAAGAGGUUUGCUGGAACCUGCAGAAUAUUCGAGUGCGAGACUGUGAACUCGCCCCGGGGGUGAACAGGGACCUGGCCCGUCGGGUGCGUAAUGUGAACGGCAUCACUCAGCACAAACAGGUGCUGCGCAACGACAUCAAGCUCGCCGCCAAGCUCAUUCACUCCCUGGACGAGAAGGGAGACCUGUGGAGCAUCAAGUCUCAGGAGGAGAGGCACAGAGAGAGCGCAGAGUUGGCGGCCCAGAACCCCAUCCUGAAGAACAUCACAGACUACCUGAUCGAGGAGGUGAGCGCGGAGGAGGAGGAGCUGCUGGGCUCCGGCAGUGGGAUGGAGUCAGAGGAGAGUAGCAAGGAGGGAAACCCUGCAGAGACCACCGUGGAGAGGGACGACAAACUAGCCAAGGUGUUGGAUCGUCUGGUCUUAUAUCUUCGUAUUGUGCAUUCAAUCGACUACUACAACACCUGUGAGUACCCCAGUGAGGACGAAAUGCCCAACCGCUGUGGCAUGAUCCAUGUUCGAGGACCCAUCCCUCCCAACCGCGUCACACAAGGAGAAGUUCAACAGUGGCAGAAGAUGAUGGAGGAGAAGCUGAGUCCUUUGGUCGGUUCAAAAGAAGUCCUGUCUGAGGAUGAGGCCGGGAAGAUGGGACGCAAGGAUCCUGAGGAGGAGGUGGAGAAGUUUGUGAACGCCAACACUCAGGAGCUGGGGAAGGACAAGUGGCUCUGCCCACUGAGUGGAAAGAAAUUUAAGGGCCCCGAGUUUGUACGAAAGCACAUCCUGAACAAACAUGGGGACAAAAUUGAAGAAGUGAAAAAGGAAGUGGUGUUCUUCAACAACUUCCUGAUGGAUGCUAAGAGACCGUCGCUGCCAGAGAUGAAGCUUCCGCCUCUUCCAGGCCCAGGUUUGCUUUCUCCCAGCAUGCCUUUCCCUCCUCAAGGUCCUCAGGGUCCGAUGGGCUUCGGUCAGCCUCGUCCUCCACUGAUGGGCUAUGGUGGUGCCCCUCCCUACCCCCCCAACCAGUUCGGAGGUGGAAGAGGAAACUACGACAACUUCCGAGGACAAGGUGGCUACCUGGGCAAGCCACGCAACCUCAGGAUGUCUCGCGGUGAUCCACGAAACAUCGUUGAAUACCGCGACCUGGACGCCCCGGAUGAUAUGGACUUCUUUUAGGAUGUUCCCUCCGUUACCAGUCUUCGCUCUUUACUAGUGUUCUUGUUGCUUUUUGUGGUCAAUUUGGUUCUUUUCUUUCCCUUUUAAUAUUUUGUUUUUUAAUUAUUGUGCAACAAGAACAAACUCCUGCUGUAAACUGGCUUCUAAAUAAAGUUGUGUUCAAGUAUUAAUAA